UUUGAAAACAAAUUUAGUUUACAGCAAUUGUCCAAACAAUGAAAUUCGUCUGCUGCUUCGUUCUGCUCGUUGCUUCAAUCAUCGCCAGAGCUUUCGUUCUCGAGGAAAAUUAUGAAAACCUGUUCAAAAUAAUAAAGGAAAAGUGCGUGGCUGAGGUGCAUGUGGAUAAAAGUAUCGUGGAUAGAUUGGAUUCUGAUGUGCCGUUUCCUACGAUGGAAGAGCUCAAAUGUUACACGCAAUGUCUUUACACCAAAUACGGUUUGUUCGAUGACGAUGGGACACUGAUAGGAAACAAGUUUUCCAGCUUUCUUCCGGUGGAAUUGUACGGAAAAGAAAAGGCAGCUGCGAAAAUCUGCAUCAAAAACAAUAUGGAUCGUUGCAAGGCCUCCUACGAUACGCACAAAUGCUACUUGCAUUUAUCUUUUCAUCCAGAUGCAUUGAAAAUGAAUUGAUAAACUAUUUUAUAUACAGUGGAACCUCGCUUAACGAG